UUCACUUUUGCUUUCCCACCUCAAGGCCUUCUGCUUGGAAAGGACAGCACCCCUACCCAACCGGCCUGGGACAGCAGAGGAUUCCGAUGGCAGAGGUGGAGGCAGGGGCAGCCUUGGAGCUCCGGGGACUGCCCUCUGAAAUACCCGAUGAACUGCUCACACUGUACUUUGAAAACCACCGUCGCUCUGGUGGAGGACCUCUCCUCAGCUGGCAGAGGCUUGGCUGUGGCGGUAUCCUCGUCUUUCAAGAUUCUGCAGAUGCAAAGAGGGUCUUAGCCCAGGCAGAGCACCGAUUACAUGGUGUCCAGCUGAACCUGAGGCCAGCCCCUCCCCGGGCCCCUGAACGUGUGCUUCUCCAACAACUGCCACCUGGCACUUCACCUCUGAGCCUGGAGCAGCAUGUUCAGGCCUUGCUAUGUGCAGCAGGGCAUCCCCUGCAGACUUGCCGUGCUCUGGCCAGUCCCCGGCAGGACUGUGCUCUGGUCCAGUUAUCCAUGCCCCUUUCUGAGGCAGAGGUCUGUGCCCUGGUGGAACAGGCCCAGAAUCUGCCCCUGAAUGGAACCAUCGUGUCCUUGGCCUGGGUGCCCCAGACCCGAGAAGUUCGUGUGGUGGACAGCGCUGCUCCGGUGGACCUGUUAUUGCUGGAGCUGUACCUGGAAAAUGAGCGUCGCAGUGGUGGGGGACCCUUGGAGGGUCUGCGCAGCCUGCCUGGGCAACUGGGCACUGUCAUCUCCUUUCAGCAAUGGAAGGUGGCUGAACGGGUGCUGAAGCAGAAACACUGGCUCCAGGGCUCUGAGUUGAGCCUUGUCCCCCACUAUGAUGUCCUAGAGCCAGAGACACUUGCUGAGGGCAUCAGUGGUGGGGAUCGUUCAGCUAUGCAAGAACCUGCAGUCGUCGAUCAUAGUUUUACAGAGGCUGGGGGACUGGCCGGGGCUCUGACUAUGACUGUGGGCUCUGGGGAGGCACCAGGACAAUUAGGGACAGAGGCAGGACCUGUAGAAGCUGCAGGACAGGCCGUGUCAAUUGACUCAGGAUCUCUGAGGUCUCUGGAGCAAGAGGAGCCUAUACUUCUGAGAACUAUGGGCUCUCCAGAGCAGACAGGUUUCAUAAGUCAGGGGGUUAUGGGGUCUACAAGCUUGGUAGAUCCAGUAGAAAGCUUUACAGAGCUCCCAGAGCAAGUAGGACCCUUGGCCCCAGAACCAAUGGGUGUUCAGGAGCAGGAGAGCCAGGGGGAAGUUACCAUAGACUCACCAGGGCAGGAGGAGAUAAUGGGCCUAGUGGGGACGACGGCUACGGAGUCUGAAGAGACAGGGCUGGAGAGCCCUGGGGAUGGGGAGGUGCAGAAUCAAGAGGGCCUGGUAGACAUGGUGAUGUCGAUGGAGCCGGGGGCCAUGCGUUUCCUGCAGCUCCAUUAUGAGGACCUGCUUGCCAGCCUGGAAGAUGUCGCUCUUUUCCCACUUGAAGGAGUGGAUGUAACUGGCUUUCGGCUUUGUGGAGCCAGGGCCCCCUGUCAGGCAGCCCAAGAGUUGCUACAGAGUGUGCUGGGAAGCAUUAGUUGUCACACGCUGAACAUGAAGCACCCAGGCAGUGCCCGGUUCCUGCUGGGUGCAGAGGGGCAGCACCUUCUUCACAGACUGGAGGCUCAGUUCCAGUGCAUCUUCGGGACAGAACAUCUGGCCAGCGCUGCCCUGGACAUAGACCCUGAAAGGACAGAUCCCACUGAGGCCCUCCACGUCCUCCAUGACCACAGUACAGGCAUCGAUCAGGAGAACAUAAGACUGGAGGAAGUCCGAGAGCUGCUGGCUACCCUGGAGGGCCCACAUGAGGAGGACAGGAUGCCUCAGGAGACACCUGGAAGGCUAGAGGAGACAGUUCCAGAGCAGGAACAGGACAUCCCCACACUUGAGGCUGGGGAGGAGCCUGUGGCCCUUAGCACUGGGACACCCGGGCGAUUAGAAGAAGAAGCCACACUACAACUGGCUAUCCACCGGUCCUUGGAGUCUCAAAGCCAGGUGGCUGAUCAGCAGGAGGCUAAUGCACUAAGGCGGGCCAUGGCCCUCUCCCUGUUAGAAGCGGAAGAGACCCUGGGUGAGGACACUGGGGGCAGGGCCCAGCUGGUGGUGCACACAUCCUUUGAGCAGGACAUGGAGGAAUUGAAUCAGGCAUUAUCUGAUGCCUUGGAAGAACACCUUCGGGAGGAGACAGUGAGUCUCCAAGGGUGUAUGCUGCCCAUAGAACUUGGGGCUCGUCUGGAGAGGCGUCACGAUGUGAGUGUUACCCUCCGUGGUGACCACGUUGUCCUCCGUGGCUUUGGGGUUCAGCCUGCCCGUGCAGCUCGCCACUUGGCUGCUCUGCUUGUUGGCCCCGGGGACCAGAAUUUGACCUUUCCUUUGGAGGCCUCAAAAACCAACUUGUCUGAGCAGGGGCUGAAAGAACCCUUGGGGAGGCUGGAGGCCCUGGAAGAGAAUUCCAAGGAGUUCCAAGACGUGGUGCAGGCCUUUUAUAACACCCUGGAUGCUGCCCACAGCAGGAUCUGCAUUGUUCGAGUUCCUCUGCUCCCUGCAAUGGAUAAGCACCCCUUCUUUGCCGGGAGAACAUUUGGAAUCUGAGGAAGAUAAACAGAAGGGUAUAAGGACCAGGGGAUCUGACAGGCCUGCCUGAGUGAGGCUCUCUACUGGGGACUGUAGGACUGUCUGUGCCACAGUUGAUACCAUCUGGUGGCCAAUGUGAGGGUUACUCUUCUUGUUCUUGUCUGUAUAGGGGUGGAGUAGGGGCUUUCUGUCUCCAACAGAGGGCCUGUUCUGGCAAAGGGCUAGCCCCACAGUCUAAAAUAAUACCCGUGUGUGUGUGUGUGUGUGUGUGUGUGUGUGUGUGUAGCUAGAAAUACAGAUUAGUGGAAAAAAUAUGCAUACAUAUAUGUAUUGUAUAUAUUUAUAGUGGCUACUCCUCCUGUAUUCUUGCUAAAUUUGGCAACAAUGAACAUGGGCAAAAAACAAGCUAGUACCAAGGAAGGGGGAACCUUAGAUUCCCCUCCCCAGCAUUCCAGGUAUGUGAACAAAGAAAAGCAGAGGCAGAUGGACCUGUGAGUUUGAGGCUAGCCUGGUCUACAUAGUGAGUUCCAGUCCAGCCAGAGUUAUACAGUGAGAUUUGGUUUCUAAAUAAAUAAAUAAAUAAAUAAAGGCUGCGAAGAAGAGAGGGCUUGUCAGCCUAGUCUGCUCCCUGUGACAAGGGAACAAAGAACAUGCAGGAGGGUGACAACAGAGACAUCCCUGGAAGCAUGCUAUGGAGAUAGACAGUCAGCUGGGAGAGAACACGAUGACCGACAGCCCUUUCACCCAGAAGACUGGAUACGCUCAUAGAUGAUGCUAAAGAGAGAUGGCCAUAUAUGGGUAGAAAGGACAGAAGAGGGCUGGAGAGAUGGCUCAGCAGUUAAGAGCACUGACUGCUCUUCCGGAGGUUCUGAGUUCAAUUCCCAGGAACCACAUGGUGGCUCCCAACCAUCUGUAAUGAGAUCUGAUGCCAUCUUCUGGGGUGUCUAAAGGCAGCUGCAGUGUGCUCAUAUGCAUUUACCAAAAAAAAAAAAAAAAAAAAAAAAAACAACAACGGACAGGGGAGUUGUCACUGUGUGGUAAGACUGGACAAGGUGCUCUCUACUCUCGAUGCUAAUGAUUGUGGGUGGGGCUAGCAGCCUCAGUCUUCACAUAGAGAUGGCUGGUCUUCUCUGGAGGUUAGGAAGGUCACCAGUGGGCCCUGACUGCAGCUAUGACCUUUGACCACCAGCAUCAUGGCCGCAGCAGCUGCCAUCUCUCUGUUCACAGCCUGUGAUUUUGUUAGUAACAUUCGUUUACUCGAAUCUUCUAGGAUCUUCUAGGAUAUCUAUCACUUAAAAUGGCACAUUUAUGGUUCUUUUCCUGCUAUUACUUUAGAGACUUUUUUUUUUUGCCUGUCUAGUUAUACACAGAAGCAUAGAAUGGGUUUUCUUUUUCCAUCAUCUCUUCCUCCUCCCAUCUCAUAAUUUGUAUAUACUAUGUAGUUAAGGUGUAUAAAUCAACUGCACUUGAUAGUCUC